AUUGCCUGUCCGACCCCUGGAGCCUGAGACAGCCUUGGUAUGCAUGCCGCGGUAGCACACUGGCAGAACAAGCCCAAAGGAACAAACAGCAACAUCCCUGGUGAUCGAUUCCACCUCGCCGAAUAUCUAAUCACCAAUAUCAUUUAGCUCCCUGCCCCCCGAGCUCCAUCUCCGGUUCUGGGUCCCUUCGGAAUUUGCGAGAAAAGCUACCAAAAGAGAAAGGGAAAAAAAAGAAGUGGGAAGAAAAGGAACAAGGAAAGAGAGGAAGACGAAGAGAACGAAAAGAAGAAGAAGGAAAAAAAAAGAGAAGAGGGGAAUAAUCCAUCGCACUGAAAGCCCACCUCAAGCGCCUUCACCGUCGCCAUCGCCUCAUCACAUUCAUUUACAAACAUCACUUCCUUUCCCUUCCUCACCUCCAUCCUCCCUCCCCCUCCCAUUCGCCGUCAUCUGCCGAGUUUCCUCGCUUCUCACUCACCCCCUCUCUCAUUCUUUCAUUUUCUCUUUCUCACCAGUCUCUCUGACUUCGCCCGCCGCAUUUGUCUCCCGCAGACACUACCAGACAUUCCUUUCCAUCAGGCAUCCUUCCCCUCCCCCCGCUCGUCAUCAUUCGGUCUCCUCAUCGCCGCUGCCGCUGCCGCUGCCACCGCCGUCUCCGCACAUCCGUUCCUGCCGUUCUAUCUGCAGCUUUCUCGAGGCGAUUAGUUUGUGCAACUUUCCAACGCCUGCACUAGCGAAGAACAACAACAACAACGACAAUUUGGCCCGUUUCCCCUCUCCCCUCGACCUCGACCUCGACCUCGAAAUCGAACGGCCGCUCUUCGCUGCAACCCUGCAUCAUUCCACUUCGCACCUGUGGAUCGUCAGCCAAAAUCCCCCGCUUUCAUCCUCUCAUCCCGCCGCUGAUCCAUUUCUACACCACGCCCCCCUCCCGCUUGCUCUGCCAUUUAUUUGCCUUGCCCGGCCCUGGCAUAACUGCUGGCCACCGCAACUUCGCAUUUCCAUUUCGAAGCUUCCUCCCAGACCUGCCCCCCCCCCAGUUCGUCUCGCACCGGCUCUCCUUGCUGCAGGAGCUGAAUGUUUGUCAGUCAACGACAUCCCCAGCUGUCACAAUCGAUCAGCUGUUUGUGACUCGACACGACUCCGCUCUGCUCGACUAGACCCGACCAACACCCGUGAGACUCGGCUUGCGACUUUCUAGGCUACCGGCCAGCGACUAUUAUGCUUACUGUUGCGUGGCAGCACACACAUCAGUCCCGGGAUCACCGCCAAAUCGGCUACCAGUUGACUGUUGGAGACCCAGAGAGGCGUGCCGGCUAGGAUUUGGGGAAAUAAGACGUUGUAACGUGGGACGUCCAGGCGCAGCGCAGCAGCUCUGGGAGAGACAAAAUCAUCCAGACACGCACUUGUAAUCACAAACCCUCAGAUGCGGGCGAUCCCCAAAUGAGGACAAACCAUGGAAUGAGCAUGGCACCACCGAGCAUGGAUGGACGAACCUGCCACAACGGUGGUCACAACAUCACGCCGCGCCUCGACUGGCCGCAUUCUCAGAAUCAGUCCUUGUCCGCCGACCCGUCGUCUCGCGGCAUGGAACGCGCUUCCAUAACCAAUAUGCGCACCUCCUUCCGCUCCAACCACGCAUCGAACCCCACGAUACGCGCCGUGACCCCCGAAUACCAUCACCCCGGCCUGUCACCCGCCCCGGCUGCCAACGCCGUUUUGGACCCGACUGCCCCUCUGCAGAUGCCCCGUGGUCUCACCUCAAGCUCCCCGCAAAGCUCUCCGAGAUCCAUCCCCGGGGACUUCUCGAGACGACAAGGCAUGGUCUUCAACGAUACGUACGGCGGCUCGUACGACAACAAUAGCAACAACAAUAACAAUAAUAACUCGGUCAGCCCUCCUGUGCGGCAAACGAGCAACUUCCGUCCAAGAACACACACCAUGGACGGCGCACUACGACAGCAAUUCAUGAACGCCACCGCGAGAGAGGGCCGCCAGCGGGUCGGUUCCUUCUCCUCAUCAGGAUCCCAGCCACUGUUCGAUGAUGCUCGCUCUCCGCCUCCCCCUAUUGAGUCCUUGGGAUUCCCAUCCGUCGUUCCUGCUCGUCAUUCCGAGAUCCCUCAGGGUGCCACAUCCAGCCUAAAGGAAAAGAAGCUGUCGACAAAGCGAUUGAUCAAGCGCCAGUCUUCUCGACCAACUUCCCCGCCCACAGCCUCGACCCCAUCGGUGGACUCGUUGCCCAUUCCUGUGCCGACCGAUAACGCCAACAAUGUUCUGCUCAUGAUGAAAAAUCUGUGUGGGCGUAUGAGAGGCGAGAUCGAGUUUCGGACUGAACCUGCGGGGAAAUGGCAGAUCGGUAUUGCCUAUGUUGAUGAAGAGAAGGGGAGCUUGAUGUUUGACUCGGGCCACGACGGUCCAUUCCACAUCCCUCUAGUUUCCGACCUACGCGGAUGCCGGGUAGCACCGCUCGAACUGUCCGAAGGGAAAAGGUGCCUGGAAGUGUCUUGUCCCACCCAGCCCCCUUUGGACCUGCUACUACAUCCGUUGUUGGUCGAAGAACGCGACCUCUGGCUCGCGGCUCUGUUGUGCUGGCAGCAGUUGCGACCCCCAAAGGUCAGACUUUCGAACGGCAAUCGGAGCCCGGGCCCUACGUCCCUGCGCCCGGCUGUCAGGAGGCGCGGGUCCGAAAAUGGGACGAAACCCACAAACGCCCUCAUCAAGGUCGGGCAAGUGAGACUUUGGGACAAGGGAUUGGCAAGCUCGCCAAGGGCCAUCGUCAAAAGACCCUCCACUCGGGAUUUGAGGUCGCCAACCACUUCCUGGCGAGUUGUUUCUUGUCUCUUACAGGAGAACGGUGAGAUUCGUCUCACCACGAACGACGGCGAUGCCGUUAUCGCUGUCGUCGAGCUGUCUCAACUGUCCCGAUGUGCCAUUCAGCAGCUCGACCGGUCCGUACUCGAUGAGGAAUACUGCAUCGGCAUCUUCCCCCACUACUCUCCGAUAUCCACCCAACUGUCCAUCUUCCGUCCGGUAUAUAUCGCCCUCGAGAACCGCCUACUGUUUGAGGUUUGGUUCGUUCUACUCCGAGCAUUUGCGCUGCCUGACAUUUUCCGGUUGGACCCGUGUUCGGCGGAAGGUGUGGUGGAAGUCACAGACCUAGAAUCGGACCUUGCUGGUGAAAUCUUCAGAAUCGAGAAGACGAUCAGUUUGCGGGUGACAGAGGCAAAGUUGAAGCCCAAGAACUGUUCGCCCGACGUCGGGUUCAUUGACCGACAACAAGCCAAGGACGCUGACUCUCUGGUGGGCAACUACCUGACCGAGGUCAUCUUGGAUGGGGAGGUCCGCGCCCGCUCCACGAUGAAAACCGGAACCAAAAACCCUUUCUGGAGAGAAGACUAUCAGUUCUCGGACCUUCCACCGACCAUGCCAUUCCUCUCCAUCAUACUGAAAAGGGUGGACGGAAACCUCGAAAGCUUUAGCCAUCAAUUGCAGGCGUCUCUCGGGCUGUCCAAAUCGAGCAGUCUCACAGAGGUUCUCUGCGGGUCGGUCGACAUUCCUCUGGACCACAUCGAACUCGGCAAAGACUUUGAGCGGUGGCUUGAGAUAUACGACGAACGGCAGCAAGUCACGGGCACAAUGCUUGUGAAGCUUCACCAUGAGGAGCUUGUUGUCCUCCACUCCAAGGAGUAUCAGGCGCUGUCAACAUUGCUUCACAGCUUCCCGUCCGGCCUCACCGCACAGAUCGCCGAAGCGCUUCCUGGAAACUUGCGGCGGCUGUCUGAGAUUUUCCUCAAUAUCUUCCAAGUGUCCGGCCACGCCAACGAAUGGCUGCAGACACUGGUAGAGGACGAGAUCGACGGUAUCGGUGGCAGCCAGAACCAGAUAAAAAAGUACCGCUUCAGCAGCCGGUUGAAGUCCAACGAGUCCAUGGAGUCGUCGAGUGACCGAGAGCAGAUCCUCCGCGACAUGGGCAAAUCCCUCGCAGGAGAGGCCAACUUGCUUUUCCGAGGCAAUACCCUCUUGACCCAGGCCCUCGAGUUUCACAUGAGGCGCUCAGGGAAAGAAUACCUUGAGCAGAUGUUGCAAGCUAAGAUUUCCGAGAUCAACGAGGCCAACCCCAACUGCGAGGUAGAUCCCAGCAAGCUCAAGCCUGGUGAAAACAUCCAGGAGCACUGGACUAGGCUCAUCCAACUCACCACUGAGGUCUGGCAAUGCAUCUGCAAAGAGCCCACCAAGUGUCCACCCGAGCUUCGGUCGAUCCUCAAGUACAUACGGGCUGUUGCUGAGGACCGAUACGGCGAUUGGCUGCGUACCGUCACCUACACGAGCGUGUCAGGAUUCCUGUUUCUCCGCUUCAUCUGCCCUGCGAUUCUGAGUCCCAAACUCUUCGGCUUGUUGAGAGAUCAUCCUCGGCCCCGAGCACAGCGGACGCUUACGCUGGUCGCUAAGGCACUCCAAGCACUCGGAAAUCUUUCCACAUUCGGGAAGAAGGAAGAGUGGAUGGAGCCGAUGAAUAAGUUUCUGGGCUCAAACCGCCAGUCAGUGAAGGACUACAUCGACACCAUUUGUUCUAUCCCUGUCGAGCGCAACAAGGUCGCCCUGGGACCGUCCUACUCGACCCCUAUCGCGAUUCUCGGACGGCUGUCACCGACGGCUCGCGAAGGGUUUCCGGCGCUGCCUCACUUGAUCGAUCAUGCUCAGAAUUUUGCUGCACUCGUCAAGAUGUGGACCGAAGCCAACCCGGUCGGCAAUGGCGAGGUGAUUAAGCCUGCAACAGGUGAAGAAGAUAUCUUGAUAUUUAACGAGAUGUGCAUUAGCCUGCAAGAGCGCGCGGACCACUGCUACUCAAAGAUGGAUGGAUCUCUCCAUGAGACAUCGUCUCUUCCUACUUCCGAGUUCGCCGACGCGAUGGAGCAUGGCUCGGCCAUGUUGGAAUCCAUGAGUCUGUCAACCCACCACAACAGCAACUCGGCCACGAAUUCUGCGAACAACUCGACGGUCUGGUUUGAACAAGAUCAGUACCAACCUCCCGGAUCGGCCGGAAGCGAUGUGCUCGUUGACGCCCCUUCGCGUCGGAGCCGCGAGCAUCGUCGUGGCCGGGAUUUCAGUUCUCUGAGGCAGUUGUCUGGCCACUCGGAACACUCGUCUUCACAUCUGGCCACGCUCAAGCGCAACGGUAGGGCCACUCGCCACAUUCUGUCCGGUAUCAUGAAGCCGUUUGCACGAAGCGACUCGCCCGAAUCAUCCCCACCAGCAACGCGUGGCAAGAACCUCGAGCGGUCUUGGAACACUGGCUAUUGACGAAAGUAGCUCUUGCUGAAUAACUGCUCGUGCAUCUCACUCCUUCAUGCGCCAAAUUCCUCGGACCGACUCCUGGCCCCUUUCUCAUUCUUCAAUUUCUCUUUUCUUUUCUUUGUCAGCUGUUUAUCCACACGAACACAGUCCAGAAGCCCAGAAGCUCAACGACGAACACAUUUCCUGCAUUGAUACGACGAGGAAGGGAGGACCUCUGGAUACGGGCACUUGGAGCGUAAGAAAGGCGGGUGGUCGGUCAAAUAUUUUCUCACUCUGGGAUGGAGGCAAGUUGGCUUGAACGGAUCAGCAACUCUGGCGUUUCUCUGUUCAAAAAACCUCUACCCAAGUCAACUCGGAUGGAGAUUGCCCGGCGAGCAUUCCGUAGGAUGGGCGGCCUUAUUGUGGGUUUUGCUUUUGUUUUCUCCUCGCACCCUUCCCUUUCUGUUGUUCGCUUCCCUUCCUUACCAGCUUGCUUGGUUUGUAAGGUCAGGAAGGCGCACCCAUGGGACACGAUGAAUAUACCCCCUCAGAAACAUCAUGAUUAGCAUUUGCGCGCGUCUCGCCCGAGAUAUUCACGAGACCCCAUACACACAUUCAAAGCAUACAUAUAUAUACCAGUAGAAUAAAACGCCCGAUGAACACACCACCAAAAUUGUGUGUAAUAUAAUCAUGCUUGAAAUUUUCCCCACCAGAGGUAUCUAUCUACCUGAAUCUUUGAAUUGACUUGUUUCUUUUUCUUGCUUUUCCCCCCUCUC